UUUGUACAGGUUGCAUUCAACGUUUUUCACCCUAAAGUUUUACACAUACAUACCUCACAUCCUUGUUUACUUAUACAAUUUUUUUCAGAUUUUUUUUUUUGAAACCAAUUUUUUUGAAUUUUUCAAAAAAUCAGCCUCCAUGGAGACCAAGAGCCAAAACGCCGUUCUCGCCAAGUAUGUUUUUUUCUUUCUAGGAGUACAUACAACCAACGAUCGUUUAAAUGGUGCACCCGCAUCCAGUGAUAUGCAAGAAGAGCACCAACCACAAGUGCAAAACAAAAUCAAAUAAAUAUGCAAGAAGAGCUCAAAGCAAGAUUGCCGCCACCAACCCUUCCGGGGUCCCAGCUUCCAAUCAGUGCGCCGUUUCUUCAGGUAGAGCUGAGCCUCAGCUGGGGAAUUUCCGGCUUUGGUCUCAAUAAACAGCAGGCAUCUGCCCGGCAGAUGAUUUUUUUUUCCCUUGGGGCAGAGUAGUCUCCAUCAUUUUACCAGACGACAAAUAUUCCCGCAAGCCCAUCCAUUUAGUCCGGCCAAAGUAAAUAUCGUUUCUGAACCUCCAGAUCGACCAGAAGAAAGCAGACAUAUUCAUAUUAUUACUUACAGCGUGUUUUCUUAUUGCAAAGCCAGAGUUAGCCACAGGCUGAUACUCCCUCCGUCCCGAAUUAGAAUUACUUCUCGCAGUAUGGUGCUCAAUAAACCGAUUAUUGAAUCCAAGCAUCUCAAAGAUUUCCUGCAAAUAUUAUGCAGCAAUGCCACAAACCGAAAAACAAGUGGUGACAGGAUUCAGGUUCACAGCACAACAGGCAACUUUUAUCAAGAAUCUCCUGCCUCUUAGCUAAAUUAUCCCUAGUUAGCAGUUUAUAAUGUGAUGGUAACCACAAGAACAUAUGUACCCCAGGGGGAACAUGAAUCUUCCAAGCAGUAGGAACAAUAACUGGAGUAAUCCCCCCCUAAACAGAUGUGCUUUAACAAAACUGAAUUCGUAACUAUAUAUAAAUACUGAGAGCUAUACACUCCUGAAUUGUGCAUCUUCCACGCUUUCGGUCAGGGCCCUGAAUCAACCUUAGGUUAGAAACAAUUUGCAGGAGAUCAAUCCAAUAUUUUGUGAUCAAAACAUCUCCUGAAGGACAAUUUCAAAUCAACACCAUCCCCGGCCUUGGAAAUUCGGAGAUAUUAUGGCACAAGUGAAUUACACCAGCAGCUAAGCAAGACACACUUCUACAGACUGGGUCGUCACUGACGGGCUCGUCACACAAGUCAGAUACCAGUCAGAAAUGAUGGCCAUCUCAAACGAGUGGCCACACCAGAUCCCCAUUCAUUCAACUCCUUUCAGCGUUGGUCACCAGAGACCAGACCAACUGAAAAGAAAAGACAAUUCUGUCUGUAGUAUCUACCGCCAACAAGUCGCGCAUCAUUGAUUUUCAUUCCUUCAGAAAGCACCUGAGUAUUUAUACGUAGUGCACAAGAAACCACGUGUUGCAGACUUCUGGUGUCAUAUAAAGCCAGAGCACCAAAGUCUUUGAAGUCGCUAUCCUGCUAAGAACCAUACCACCCAACUAUUGGUGCUCACCUUGACUUUUUGAGCAAUCAAACAUCACAGGUGAGACGAUAUUGUCAAAAAUGGUGACAUGCAAGCACCACUACAUGACCCAUCCAUAGAACUUACCCUGAAACAUUCCAAGAUCUGCUGGUAAGAAAUUUACCAUGGCGGAGGCCAUCUUCUCGGCGGUAGUCGGCGACAUGGUGGGCAGGGUGAUCUCGCUUCUCGCCGGCCGCUUCAGCGACCAACAGAGCACCAGUGUCAAGCUGCAGAAGAUAAGUCGUAUGCUUGUCAGGAUUCACAGCGUGGUGGAGGAGGCCAAAGGGAGGCACAUCACAAACCAUGUUGCCCUCGAAUGGCUCUCGGAGCUCAACGACGGUGUGUACCAGGGUCGUUAUCUGCUGGACACGAUCAGGUGCGGAGAGCCGGAGCUCGAAGACGGGCAUGGUGACAAGGUAGCAGCACAGCCUUUCUCUCUGUCCUUGUUUAAUCCUGCAAAGCGCGUGCGUGUCGCCACGAGCACCGUGAAGUGCAUACUGCCUCGCCAUGACGCCGGUGUCGAUGAGAUCGACACGGUGCUAGAGAGCUUGCAAAGCAUAUCUGAUGAUCUCCGGGAGUUCAUGAUGCUCCUGCAAGGCUGCAAGCGGAUCCGCCGCCCUUUGGCUACCAACAUCUUUGUGGACGGGCAGAUGUUUGGCAGACAUGUCGAGAAAGAAAGGAUCAUCAAUUUCUUGCUUGACGACCACGGUCCAUGCAUCACGGGGAAGCUGCCUUUGCUCCCAAUUGUUGGUGACAUUGGAGCUGGGAAAACUACCUUGGUGCAGCACGUCUGCGAUGAUGCCAGGUUGCGCAACCGCUUCCCAAUAAUCAUGCCGUUUAAUUUCUCAUCUACCUACGCUAUGGCGAUGGGUCGACCAACUGUUGUUCUGAAAUCCAAACAUGUGAUUGGAGGGUCUGGAAAGCUUAAUCAUCCGCUGCAAGUGCUCAACGAGAAUUUCCGCAAGAAGCGGUUCCUGAUGGUGUUCGAGGAUGUUGACAUGCACAGGAAGCAAAUGCUGGAGGAGCUCUUGCCAAGCCUGAGACAUGGCAAACAGGGGAGCAAGAUCAUACUCACCACCAACAACAGGCGUGUCGCCGCUGGCAUGGGGACAGUGGAGCCAGUCAAGCUGAAGGUCUUGCCACACCCAGAGUACUGGUUCUUCUUCAAGGCGCAUGCCUUUGCUGCCACGGACAUUGAGGAGAACCCGAGGCUGCUGGCUGUAGGCAAAGCCAUUGCAUGGAAGCUAAAUGGAUCAUUCUUCGGCGCAAAGAUCGUUGGAGGGGUGCUGAAAGCCCAUCCAAAUCUACAGCUCUGGUGUAAGAUUCUGAGAAGCAAUAUCGGGGGUUUGUCCUUGUUGGGUGAUGGCCUUGGAUACAUUGCGGAUUUGGCAGAAAAUCUGCUGCCAAGUCAUGUAAAGAUGCGCCAGCUGAUUAUAUCCAAGAAACCGCUCUCCUCGACACAGCCUGAGUUUGCCAGGUUACAUGAUAUGCUUCUGCCAAGCCCUGAUGCAGCAUCAGCAGACCAAGAAAGCUGGAGUGCAGAUGUUCAAAAUGCAAAAGUGUUGUUGUGCAGGUCAGUUAUGCCAUUCUUUUGCCUGGACUACAACGCCCAUUGCACUGUAAGUGGGCGAAACAGUUCAGCAGGAGCCACACAUUUAAAUCAUGGGGAACCCCGUGUUGUUGGGGAACUAAACCUUGUGUAUAGGAAUUCUGUGUGCUGAUCAGUGCUUCCUUAUCUAGUAUGUAGAAAUAUUUUGUACUGAAUCUUAUAUUGUCUGAUGUCCAGUUUUGUGCUGUUUUC